UGUUGUAGCAACCAAAGACUCUGUCGCAAAUAUAGCAGCUUCCGGUGCGAUAAGUAGGUUUCAUUUUCUCUACAUUAGUCGAUUUACUGUAUUUGUGAUGUGUGUUGUUUAUCAAGGUGAAUUUAAUCAAAAAUGUUGACUUUGCAAAUUAGUUGUAAUCGUGUGUUUUCAAUUGCUUCGGUGCUAUUGAUAAUUGGCUACGAAAACCUCUCUUUGCAGCUUAGUCCCAUUUUGUGGGGGAAACAGUUUUAUUGUCGUUUUAAUUUUCAAAUAGCUGCAAAUUAGCAUGUCGGCGAUUAGCAGCCUCGUUCCUGCACGGUUCCUGACCAUCAUUGCUCACCUUGUUAUUGUCAUCACUAUCUUUUGGACGAGGGAGAAUAACGUAAAGGCCUGCCUACCUUUGGAGUUCACACAAGAGCAAUACGACAGUGAAGAUUUCAAGUUGGUCGUGGCACUGUCAGUCACACUUGGAUUGUUUGCCAUUGAGUUAGCUGGGUUCUUCUCAGGAGUGUCCAUGUUCAGUGGCAGCCAAGGCCUUCUGUCAACAGGAGCCCAUGCCAGCGGUGCAGUGGCUCUGCUAUUCUUUCUAUUUGAACGGUGGGAGUGCGCCAUCUACUGGUGGAUUCUUGCCUUCUGCAGUGUGCUACCUGCCUUAAUGGAGAUUGUACUGUUGAUCUCCGUUUUUGGACUGAAGAAGAAGCCGUUGUGAGAAACUGCACUGCAUAGUACAGCACUAUAAUGGAGAAAAGGCAUUUAUUGUAUUAGGAUGAUCAUGUUUAAAUGUAAUAAGAGUAAAAAGAGGGGUGAGAAAAUGUCAUUAUGUUGCUGUGAAUAAUGUAAAAUAAAUUUUUUACAUGUUUUUUACAUGA